AGUCCGCGUAUUGGAUUCCAGCGCUCUACUUUAUGCAUGAGAAUGGUGAUGCUGAAAUUGUCAAUCAGGUUGGAGGCAUGCUCGCUUAUUACCUGCUUUACGGAGAGAACGUAACCGCGUUUCCGGACAACUUCCGCAUGAUUGCUGGCGACACAUACCUGCGCGACUUUCCCUGGCCGAUCCCUGACCCUCCCAAGUCGGAAUGGACAGGCAAGCAAGCAUCGCAGCAGGCUCUUCGGCAGAAGGCGAUCGGUUUCAACUGUCUGAACUACGCUCUCGAUCCCGAACCUUCGCUUGGCCGCCAUUUCCUUCCCAACAAGACGUACCUGGACGAACACUGCACCGACGGUGUCCGGUUCGAGUUGAUGUUCCCUUCGUGCUGGAACGGCAAGGAUGUUGACUCGGAUGAUCACAAGUCACACGUGGCCUAUCCCUCGUUGGUUAUGGACGGGACAUGUCCCCAGGGCUUCGAGACACGCCUCGUUUCUCUCUUCUACGAGAGCAUCUGGGAUACAUAUGCGUUCAAGGACAAGGAAGGCUACUUCGUUCUCGCCAACGGUGACCCUACAGGAUUCGGUUAUCAUGGCGAUUUCAUGCAGGGCUGGGAAUCGGGGGUCCUGCAGCAGGCAGUGGAGCAGUGCACCAAUCCUUCGGGUCAGGUUGAGGACUGUGCUGUUUUCAACAUUCAAAGCGAGGACAAGCAACAACAGUGCACAUUCGAUAUGCCGCCCGCCUUGAAGCACGAAAAGGUGACCUUGACUAGCGGCGGUCUUCCCAACAAACUCGCAGUCCAGUGGGGGCCCGCCUAUGCCAGCGAUGUUUCUGCUUCCGUCAGCUCCGUGGUGUCCAGCGCGCUCAGUGCAGCCACUCACGCGGUUGCCUCGGCCUCUGCGGAAUUGUCGCUCCAUGCCAGCGCCUUUGGGAACAACCUGCAAGUCAGCAAGCCGACCUCGACCUGGACUCCGACUCCAACCACAUCCUAUGUUGAGAGUGCCGUCACUCAAGCGGUUGUCUAUGUCGAGCAGGAGAUUAUCGUCUGGGUUGACGGCCAGAAAAACAUCCUUGGGACCGGUACCGGUAGCCUAGAGACGUUGUCAACCACCACACGCACCACCACCCGUGUCGUCUCGACCGUUGUCACUGUUCCCACGGAAGCACCAGUGAAGAGAGAAGAGCAUGUUCACCACGUCCACAAGCGUCAUGGCCACGGCCACCUUCACCAAAGGAGCUAGGCGCCUUCUAUCUUCUACGUAAAAUCCUGUUCUUGUUGCCUGAUGUUUCAGCUCUGCAAGAACAUCUGACUCAAAAGUCCGUAUGGGACUGUCUUUCUUGGGAUGCUGACUACCGUCAGAUUAUGUUUCUCGCGUCUUGAUUUUCAGGAUAUCCCCUUUUUAUCAUUCUUUCCUGUUGUCAAUUUUCUUCACUUUUUCUGUACAUUUUGCAACCUACCGCUUUGUCCCUGAGGGAGGAGGCUGGACAGCGUCAUGUUCAUUCGCUCGAUGAACUGAUAAGUCCUGUUGAAUAUAUGAAUUGAAUCAAGACUGGAGAGAUCCGGUAUUUCCC